AAUACGCUGCUGCAGCAAAUUUCUGACAGCAAAUAUGACGAUAAAGUUUUUCUUAAGUCGAAAACCCUAGAGGGAAGUCGCGAGGAAUUAAAUAAAUGCCAUAAUAUCAUUGUGGAUUGUUGUAGAAAGCUGAAAAAUGAAAAUGAUAGUAAAAUGAGUGCCAAUAAAGAAAUAACAUUAUUACUGAAAGAAAUUAAAGAAUGGAAUGAUGUCAAAACUAUCAAUGAAGCUAAAGAAGAUUGUAAAGAUACAGAUGUAAAAGCAUUUCGAGAAGGUCGUUUGCAGGUACAUAAAUGGAAAAAAGAGUUUAAAAGCGCAAAACAAGAAGUUGAUUGUCUUACAAAGGAGCUAAAGUCAUGGGUUGAAGUGAAAGCUAUUGACGGAGAAGUAGAUUCUGACUGUGAAUUAGCAAGAUCGAUUCGUUCAAAUCGUUCCACAAUUUUUGAUAAAAAGUAAGAGCUUCAAAGGUAAUUUAUUUUUAUA